AUGUCAAACCAAUUCAAUUCUCGUGCGUCCGAAAUGAAGCAGCAGCGGCGAUAUGAGCAAGACGUGCACAUCCAGCAGGAUUUGAGUGACUCCACGGAUCAUCUCGAUAACCUCGAGAAGAUGAGGAUCGAAGACGAGCACGAAAAGAAGCACGGGUUCUUGAAAGGCAAAGCUUCUGCAUUCUAUCAGAAAGUCAUCAUGCCGGCAUUUCCUGAAGCCAUUACCGACAUCAAGAUUAUGGGCGGGGUGGCUACUCUUGAGACUCGCGUAAAGCAUGAGAUCAACGACCCUAACCUAUUUCCUGAGAUCACCAAGAUAGCGCAGGUCCGUCGUGGCAUCGAGCUCUGUCCGGAGGAGCAAGCAUUUCUCGCGAAACGAAAGCUCAACGCCAGAGACAACUUUGCACGAUAUCUUGGUCUGAACUCCGACGAAGUUCUCGCUGAAGAUGUACCAAUAGUAGCGUUUGGCGGCAGUGGAGGUGGUUUUCGUGCCAUGAUUGGAGCAUUAGCUUAUGCCGAUGAGAUGAAGAAAACUGGUCUCUGGGACUGCUUGGCUUACGUAUCAGGGGUGUCUGGCUCUUGCUGGUCGAUUGCAGCCUAUUACACGUUUGGCAAGGUCAGCAUGCAGGCUGUGAUUGAUCAUUGCAAGAAGCGCUUUUCGCCAUACCAUCCACUGUCAGGAGACGCGAUACGCACAAUCUUGAGCGCUUCUGGUGGUGCAAGAGUGACCUUAGGACCAUUAAUACACAAGUCAAGAAGUGGUCUGCAGACUGUCGCUAUGGACCUUUAUUCUGUCUUCACGACCGGGUGGAUCUUCUUCCAAGACGACCCAGUAAGACAUCCAGGAGGCAGUGCUCACAAGGAGGUGACUGGCUAUCAGAGAUCUUGGUACAAGUACUCGAGUGCUAGACAGUACACAGAUGAUGGUAGUGAGCCGCUUCCACUGCUGACCGCAAUCCGCCAUGAAAGACCGUGGAAGGACUGGGAAGACCCAGAACAUCCCUUCAAAGACGCAGAUCAUUCUCAAGGCGAUCACGCCGAAGCUCCGGAAGCAUGGUUCCAGUGGUUCGAGUUCAGCCCAUACGAGAUUGGUUGCGAUGAGAUCCAGGCAUGGGUACCAACCUGGGCUUUCGGAAGGCCAUUCGAAGAAGGCAAGUCGACUAUGCAAUUACCAGAACAAUCUCUCGCGCUCCUACUUGGUCUCGCUACAAGCGCACCAGCUGGACCACUCACAUCCUACAUAGCCACUAUCAGCCGCAAUUUACCCUCAGGUUUCUUGGGCAACUCCAUCCACAAGCUGGCACAUGGCAUCACCAAGCUAUGGGGCAAGGAAGGGACGGAGGAGUUCCACAACCACCAUCCGCUUCAUGCGUGUAAUGAGCACAAUUUCAUGUUCCACUACACACCAGAGAAAAAUGGAGAAGGCAGGCCACCAGGCUUAGAGAACUCUCUGCGUAUUCAUCUGAUAGACUCCGGCAUGGACAAUAAUUGUCCAACAUACGUGCUCCUGAAUCCAAGCCGCGAAGUGGACGUCAUAAUCAACAUGGAUGCAUCAAGUGAUGUCCAGAAAGAUACCUUUCCCGAGAGAGUCGAUCAAAUCGGCAGCCGGCGAGGCAUGAAAUUCACCAAACGACACGAUAUCAAGCCUGGCGAAGACCCCAAAGACCCCGACCGCUUCAAUGGCUUAUACGCUCAACUAUACGACGGCAUCCCGUGUGAACGACCAAAGACUGUGGUUGACUCCUAUGGCAGGAAAGUACUCAACCCACCUGCUCCGACGUACCGGAGGGAAUGCGGGAUGGUUUACAUGCCGUUGUUACCCAACGAGAAAGCAGUAGCGGACUUUGAUCCUUCAACUGCUAAAUUUUCUGGCUCGUUUAAUCUGGUUUGGACUCCUGAACAGGUAGAUAUGCUGGUCAAAGUGUGCAGGGCGAAUUUUGACGAUGGGCAAGGUGCUAUCAAGGAAGCACUGCACGAAGCUUGGCAGAGGAAGAAGGCUGACCGUCAAGGUCGCUUGGAUAUGGAGCAUGGCAAGGCCGAUUCGGUGGUAAGGUAG